AUGCGUUUCUCCGCUGUCGUCGUCGCCGCCAUAGCCACCAACGCCGCUGCUUGGCAACCCCAGCGCCAGGCCUACGGCUGGAGCUGGAACGGCUUCGGAAACUGGGGCAAGGGCCAGACCUCCGUCUCCGGUUCCAUCCAGCCCACCCCCGUGCCGGUCGCCACCACCCCGGCCGCCGUGAUCCCCACCGCCGUCCCCACCACCUCCGCCCCCGUCGUUGAGGAGGCCGCCCCGGCUACAACCAGCUCCGCUCCCGCUGCUGCCGCCACCACUGCCGCCUCUUCCUCCGGCAGCCUCACCUCCGACCAGCAGGCGGCCCUCGACGCCCACAACAAGGCCCGUGCCGAGGUUGGCACCCCCAACCUCGUCUGGGACGAGACCCUCGCCGCCAACGCCCAGGAGUGGGCCACCCACCUGACCUCCGUCGGCUCCCUCACCCACUCCCAGGUCUCCGACCAGGGCGAGAACCUGUACAUGCAGUCCGGCGGCGACUCCCCCAACCUCAACGCCGUCAACGCCUUCGUCUCCGAGAAGUCUGAGUACAACGGCGAGACCAUCAGCUCCACCAACUACAUGAGCUUCGGUCACUACACCCAGGUCGUCUGGAAGUCCACCACCAAGGUCGGCAUGGCCACCGCUACCGACUCCUCCGGUGCCACCUACGUUGUUGCCCGCUACUCUCCCCCCGGCAACUACAUCGGCGAGAAGCCCUACUAA